AAGAAGAAGAAGAAAAAAACGUAUCAUUUCUCUGCUGAAGUUCUUUCUGUGAAAGGUGUCAUCAGACGAGCCGAGCUGGAGUCGCCGUUAGAGGAUUGCUCAACGUUUGUGUCACCAGGAGGCUGGACUGGUCGGGCGGAGUGUUUGAGCUGAACAUCACUGGAGCGCACUCACUCUCCACCUCUGUGAGUGUGAGACGCGCUCUUUCUCUCUCUCUCUCUCUCUCCUCUUUUCCUUCUAUCUCCUGUCUUUCUUUCUUCUUUUUUUUCUCAGUCUCACUCGGAUUUAUUUCCACCCAGGAAAAAGCUUGGAUUAUUAUCAGCUCUAAUUAUGAGACGGAGUCGCUCUAAUUAAACACCAAAAGACGCAAACUACAAGGACUGUUUUUUACUUUUCUUUUUUUUUUUAUCGUAUUUAUUUGUUUUAAUGGUGAGUCGGCCCUUCAGGAUGAACUUGCAGAGAAGCAGCCCGGCGCCCUGCAUCCGCCGGAGAGUCGCCCACAAGCGGCUGGACUCGGACGACCAGCCGCCGGCCAAAUGCGCCAGGCUGAGCGUCGAGGCGGCGGCGGCGGUGGACGCGCAGGGGGGGCUCCUCCUGGCCACGUCCCCCGGCUCCCCGCUCAGCCCCGCCGCGGCGAACCCCGCCGUCCUCCCGCACCUCCACCACCCGCAGCACCAGCAGGGACCGUCCAGGAUCGGCGCGUUCCUCCUGCUUCCCCUCGCGGACCGGGAGAGCAGCGUGCACAGCGCCAUGGACACGGACACAGGCGAGGAGCUGCUGUGUAAGGUUUUUGACAUGGCCGUGUACCAGGAGAAAAUCCGAGCCUACGGAGCCCUGCCUCCUCACGAGAACGUUGCCGGCAUCCGCGACAUCAUCCUCGGCGAGCGCAAGGCCUACGUCUUCCUGGACAAAGACUUCGGGGACAUGCACACCCUGGUGAAGAGCUGUCGCAGGGUGGACGAGGAGCACGCCUGCAGGCUCUUCCGGCAGGUGGCUCAGGCUGUGGCGCACUGCCACCAGGCGGGCAUCGUGCUGGGGGACCUCAAACUGCGCAAGUUUGUCUUCGCAGAUGAGAAAAGGACUCAGGUGAGACUAGAAAGCCUCAAGGACUGUCGCGUCCUGGAAGACCCCAACAAUGACUCAAUGUCAGACACCCAUGGCUGCCCCGCCUACGUCAGCCCCGAAAUCCUCAGCGGCUCCACGCCUUACUCCGGCAAGAUGGCGGACAUGUGGAGCCUGGGGGUCAUGCUGUAUACCAUGCUAGUCGGCCGCUACCCCUUCCACGACCCGGACCCUGCAACGUUGUUUUCAAAAAUCCGUCGAGGCCAGUGCUGUUUGCCAGAAGGCUUGUCGCCCAAGGCCAAGUGUCUGCUCCAGAGCCUGCUGAGGAAAGAACCAUCAGAGAGACUCACGGCGGCCGAGCUGCUCGCUCACCCGUGGUUCCAUCAGCCGCCUUCGUCCCAGGAAGCCACGCUCGGCGAGCAGGAAGUGAGCUCGACUGAACAGAUGGUGCCGUCGUUUGACGUGAAAGAGGACGAGGAUCUGUUCUGUUGACAGACUCGGAUCAGGAAGGACCCAAACAAAACUCGUCUCGAGGGACUUUGUUGUCGUUUUUGUACAUUGGCACUUUUUUUGUUUUUUUUAGAAAACUCAUUUGUGUGCUGUUUUGUGUGUACAUACACUCUCAAGAUUUCUACAGAAAAUUCUUCCUGUACUGUAUUCUGAUGUCAUAUACGUAUGUUACCUGCUAAGGGCAUUGCUCACAAUGAUCACUCAUUGUGCUUCUCUGUGUGUGUUUUAGAAAAUAUUUGGUGCUAAAAGAAAUCACAGUGACUCAUAAUUUCACAAAUUACAUUGAAAGAAUGAUCUCCCCAGGCUCCAAACCUGGAGGACACUUAUUAGUGCUCACCCCWUUGACCCAAACUCAUGAAGGCAUUAGCUUGAACCUUGAAAGAGAGGCAGUUGGAGCGACACCAGGAUGUUGUUCCUCUCACUCUCCGAACGGGCUGCAGGCUUCAGCAGGCUGACUCAGCCGUCGACUCGAGAACGGGCCGGGCUCCAGCCUGAUGUCUCGGAGCAGACAGUGACACUGAGCKGGGAAAGAUGGUUAGCAGAGGACUCGUGUGUCACAGCUCAGCGUGACACUACGGAGGUGUCUCACUGCCAAUCUGGCAAACRGACAUCAUUUACAAAUCUCACACCAAGCGCAGAAGGUUGGGGAAAAAAAGGCAGAAUGUUGAAGGAAAAAAAAGUGAAAAGCUUGUCACACUCAAUACAUAGUGACACUAGGAUGAAACAAGUUCUUGGCAACAGCCUUUGCGUUGUUUCUAAAAGUUGCUCAUAGCUGAAAAAUUCUCGUAAAAGUUGUACCCAGUCUGUCGUUGGACACAUGCAAUUAGCCACAGCUAAAGCUAAUGCUAACGUUUAAAAGACUCAGUCACAUGCCUCAGAAGAACUGAUCACUGGAUAAUAUUUACGCCUGAAGGAAGCAAAUAAAAAGACACGGUACUUUCUWCUGAUUGCAUAUAAUCUUUUUGAGUAAUGUGUCACGUAUUCAGUUAAGGACAGAAAGCAACAGGUGAACCUGUUUUCUUCAUGUCUGUCAAGGCGUUACAUUCAAAUAAAGCCGAGCUGUCCGGAUCGCCGUGUUGCACAAACCGAAUGAGUCGGUCGCAGUCAGGCGAGUUCAUAUCAUUUUUUUUCCUUUUUUUUCUGUUUAUGACUCAGUACUUAAGCGUGUCUGCAGAGAUUUGUUCUAACCUUGGCUGAGAGAAUCAUCAUMGACUAUUUCCUCCUUUUAUUCUUUCCCCCCUCUUUUAAAAAAAUCUUUAGAUCAAUAAAAACAGAUGUUUCUGACCAUGGUACUAAAUUUGGUGUGUCUGACAAGUGCUGUGCAUUUUUAAUUCUGGGUCACACAGGAGCUUUUUUAUUAUUAUUAUUAUUAUCUGUUAUUAAAUUGUCUCAUCUACAAGAGAUGAGGAAAGGCUUGUGAUAACUCGCGUUCAGAAAAAGUAACUUAAGAGAUUUUUGUUCCUGCUUCACAUAGUGAGUCACUUUCAUGUGAAGUGGAGAGUAAACUGACACGGGUUCGCAAUCUUUAUAUUGCACUGUGAAUCAUGCAUUUUGUGACGCGACCUGGAGGCUUUUAUCAGCCCCCGAAAGGUUACACUUAGGAGUUACGUUCACUGUAAAUAACAUGUAUAUAUGUAUAUUUGAAAUAUAUGUGGAAAUGUCGAAUAAAGAUCACAGGUUUUUUUCAUAUUCA